ACCCAUGAAAGAAACCUUAAUUAGUUUUUGAUAUACCUCAAUUGCUGAUAAAAAAAAUUAGUGUUUGAUAUCCUAAUAAAUGGUCACUAACCUGAGAAAAUUCCUAAAACAAUGUAACAUGACCAACCGGACUACAGCUCAAUAUAUCAAACAAAACACAUUUAAAGUGUCUAACCCUCCACUGACAUCAAGACCAACAUCAUCAUUAGCUGGCAUAUUUCUUUGUACUAUGCUAUGUCUUCAAAAGUAUAAAAUGUCCCAUCGCAAGCUCCUCAAGUCCAUCAAACUUUCUUCACCUCUUUUACAACCGUGAAAUCAUCAAUUAUCAAUCUCAUCUAUAGUUUGUCUUAAUUCAAAAUCCUCAGGCAUGGUUGAAGAAACUGAAAGAAGAAGCCAACAACUUCCCAUGCCAAGCAAGAAAGAAUAAGCAGACAAUCAGAAUCAUAUUAAAAUUGAAUGUAGAGAAAUAGAAAGUAUAGAAUGGGAUUAUCAUAUUAAAAAAUGAAUGUAAAACCAUGAAAAGCAUAAGAUGGUGUUAUCAUAUCCACGUACCUAAAAUUUAUUGUAGAUUUUGUAUGUUAUUAUCAUAUCCGUGAAAAUAAAAUGGGGUUGUAUCAUACUAACAAAUGAGUGUAAAACCAAGAAAAUAACAAAAUGAGGAUACCAUGAAAACCAUAAAAUGGGGGUAUCAUCUUGUGAUCCUCAACCAUGAAGGCAUACCAUAAAUAGAUUCAACAAAU